AUCACUCGCGAUUCGUAUUUAACGCUAUUAGGUUAGAUAAGAGCUUUUUCAACAAUCAACAAAGAUUAUAAAUUAAAGGAAUUAACAUAUUGUUAUUAUUAUUCAUUGACGUUCAUAACUGGACAGGCCGAGUAUACGCGUAACUCGCGAAGAAAUUAUAGCAAGGCCAGUUGUGCGUGUUUUUAGCAACAGUAUUAUAGUGCGCGACUUUCGAAAGUUUCUAUUUUUGUGUGCACUUACAGUGAUAACCGGUUUCCCCUGAAGAUGUCUGUAAUUACUUCGAAACAGUGUGCUUGCAAGUGGGUCCUCAAACACCAACACAAACUGAAACAAGCGGCCAGAUCAUGUUCCCUGAAAGUUAAGGAGGCUUUGGGAGUGGACGACCGGGCUUACGAACAAGUUGAAACUGACUCCGAAUACACAUUUCGAUACCGAGAUUUAACGACAAAACUGGCAGAUCCCAACCGUUUACGUAGCAAACCAGAAGUGACUGAGCUAAAGUUCGGACAGUUCUUCACAGACCACAUGCUAAAAAUCUUCUACCACAAACAGCUGGCAGGCUGGCAGAAACCUAUAAUAAUUCCCUUCGAGAAUAUUUCUCUCCAUCCAGCAGCGAAGGUCCUACACUAUGCCAUAGAGCUUUUUGAAGGUCUGAAGGCCUACAGAGGCGUAGACGAUAAGAUUCGAAUAUUCCGGCCAGAACAGAACAUGGUCCGCAUGAACAAAUCGGCAUUUAGUUCAGGUCUGCCAACGUUCGAUGGGUACGAACUGAUCAGAUGUCUCAACAGACUGAUCCAAGUCGACCAAGAAUGGGUUCCGCAUGGAGAGGGCAGCAGUCUUUAUAUUCGACCUACCCUGAUAGGCAUUGAUGGUGCACUUGGAGUAGGUCCAUCCGAUUCCGCCCUCCUUUACACGAUACUAUGCCCCGUUGGCAACUACUUCCAAGGGACCGAAGACUCUAUCUCUCUGCUGGCCGAUCCCAGAUACAUCAGGGCCUGGCCAGGGGGUUGCGGCGAUCAGAAGAUGGGGUCGAAUUACGGACCCACCUUCAGAGUACAACGCCUAGCGGUGUCGAAAGGUCGCCAGCAAGUCUUGUGGUUGUACGGGGCUGAUCACCAGAUUACAGAAGUGGGACAAAUGAACAUAUUUAUCUUUUACAUAGACGAUAAUGGAGAAAGAGUAUUAACAACCCCUCCCUUGAAUGGUCUUAUCCUACCCGGAGUAAUCCGGCAGUCUGUAAUACAACUAUGCGAGGAAUGGAAAGAAUUUAGAGUGGAACAGAGGACUAUAACUAUGAAGGAGGUGAUCAAAUUGGAGAAGACUGAAAGACUUUUGGAGAUAUUCGGAUCGGGAACUGCUGGCGUCAUCAGUCCAGUGUCCUCGAUAGAAUACCUAGGCGAUGUGAUAGAAAUACCCACUACCCAGCACAGUUUUCCCAUCCACAAGAAGAUCAAAGAACACCUCACUGCCAUCCAGUACGGCCACAUCGAUCACCCGUGGGCCCAACCCAUCGAAUAGUAGCGCGUUUCGCGGUACUUUACUUCUAUCUGUGGUAUAUUUUUUGGACAUAGUAGAUUUUAUUAAUUUAAUGUGGAACCUUUGUACAAUUUAUUUAUGCUAGUAGUGGUCUGGGUCGAGUUUUACGAUAUAGAGGGUGCGAAUGGAAUUGAUAUUGCACAUGGUGGCUACGAAAAGAAAAAGGAAAAAGCAAACCGACUUGGCUUUUACACAGACAACAAAAAAUCAAAUUUGAGUUAAAGAAUUUCUUGAAGUUGCCUGAAUGUAUGUAACUUCUUAAAGUUGCCUGAAUGUAUGAAUAUACAGGGGCUGAGUGUUAUCUCAUUUCGAGUUUGAUGGGAAAUAAUACCGUAAAAUGGAGCAACUUUAUUUAUAAUUAUUUAUAUGAUGUUUUAUGAUCGGUAAUACAUAUUAUUCAAUAUUAUGUCUUGAACAGGAAAAACUUUUUUUGUAAAUUAUGAAAAAAUGUAGUUCAUUAUAAAAAUUUCUG